GGCCGGUAUCAUUAAGGAAAAGGAACACCGUUUCGGUUAAACUUUAUUGUUCAGACAGCCUUAUCUAAUCAUCUUCCCAAAAUAAGUAGAGUCUCUCCCUCAAGGAGGUAUUCUGAAUCUAAUGGCGAAGAAGGUGUUGAUGACCUCAAACGGCGAUGAAGUUUCCCGUAACAUCGCUAUACAACUAGCCAAACAAGGCUGCCGGUUGGUUUUGAUGGGAGAUGAGGCUUCUCUAAGUUCCAUUGUAGAAUACAUCAGAGUUUCUGUAGAUGACGCCUUCCCUGUGGACCUCAUUGGACUAAACAUGGAAGCUGAUUCCCAAGAUGCCUUCCUUGUCGCUGUCCAAAAGGCUUGGACUCGUCUCGGCUAUAUCGAUGCUUUUCUCAACUGCUAUACCUACGAAGGUAAGAUGCAGGACAUUCUCCAAGUCUCUGAAGGUGAGUUCAAGAGAAUCAUAAAAAUCAAUCUCACGGCUCCAUGGUACCUCCUCAAGGCCGUGGCAAGCAUGAUGAAAGAGCAUGGAUCUGGAGGAUCCAUUGUGUUUUUAGCCACAAUCGCUAGUGGGGAGAGAGGGCUUUACCCUGGUGCUGAUGCCUACGCUACUGCCUCCGCUGGCAUUCACCAGCUCGUUCGGGCAUCAGCAAUGAGUCUAGGGAAGCACAAGAUACGUGUGAACAUGAUCUCUAGAGGGCUGCACUUGGGAGAUGAGUAUCCAGUUUCCGUAGGGAGAGAUCGAGCGGAGAAGCUGGUGAAAGACGCUGCACCUCUAGGCCAGUGGCUCAACCCGGAGAAAGAUGUAUACUCGACUGUGAUUUACCUGAUCAGCAACGGCUCAUGCUUCAUGACAGGCACUUCUGUUUUUGUUGAUGGAGCUCAGUCCCUUAUGAGACCCCGCCUCAAAUCCUACAUGUGAUUUACUUACUUACUCAAACAUACAUGGAUCAAUCAAGUUUCAAUAUAACUUUUGGUUUUGGACGAAGCAAUAAUAAUUUUGUUGUAAACAAAAAUAUGGAACAAGCUAGUAAAGCAAAAAACUCUUAUGUUGUUUUAGUUAUUUAAUCGAAUCUAUAGCUCUUUCCAAACGUGAAAUCAAAUACGAA